AUGAAAAUUUGUUUUGGAGACAGCUUGCCGCUUAUAAGAUCAUUGAUAUCCAAUCAACAUGCCCCACUAAAGCAAUCGAACGGCCAAUUCUGUAAAGCAAAUCUUGCCAGUGUUUACAAAUGUCUAUUCGAUCAAGAUUUCGAUGCACACGAUGCUUUAGAAGACGUGAUUGCACUAAAGAGAAUCUUGUUCAGUCCAGAAAUGAGCAUUGAUGUAAAAACAAUAGUGGAUCGCAGCCAGAUAUCUUCAGUUCGUGCCAUGAAAUCUGAUAUGGAAUUCAUCGAUUUUCGCCAUGAUCGUUAUCAAACUUUCGUUGGAAACCUUCACUGUCCAAACGAAGAUCAUAGUCCCAUCUCACAUGGUAUGGCUCUGAAAAUUGCAGGUAGUGGACUCUCCUACAGCGAUCUUCACAACUUGUGGCAGAAAUUUGGGGAAACUGGAGUCGUUGGAAUACUGUUCAUGCCGCCAUACAACCCGAAGGACACGCGAAGUACACCAUCGGACAAAAAUCACCCACGAGUGACGAAGAGCAAAAGGAUUCUAUCGAAUGUCGUGAAAUACUUUCAGUCAUGUAACGUUUCAAAUAUUUCCACCAGUAGUUAG